AUGAAAGGACUAGCGGUUGGCGACGAGCGCUAUGCGGGCCCCGCCCGGCCCCGCACGGCCCCGGCCCCGCACGGCCCCGCCCGGCCCGGCCCGGCCCGGCCCGGCCCGGCCCGGCGCUGCCGAGCUCACGCGGGCGCGGCGCGGGAGGGGCGCGGGAGGGGCGCGGGAGGGGCGCGCGGGCAGCUCCGGCCCUCAAAAGAAAAGAAUCACGACCUCUUAUUCGUCGUGGCUUUUAAAAUUGUCAGAGGGCACUUC